UAAAUGGAUAAUUAUUUCACCAUAAUCAGUUUGCUUGGUUUGAGAAAUUAGAAUUUACCACCAUUUAGGUAAAUGUUUAUAAAUGAUUAUAUAGAGAAGCUCGUUUAAAGAGAUAUAGAUCUAUAAAGAAAAUGGUGGAGUUGAUUGAAACAGCAGGAUGGACACAACCAAAAAUACCAUAUAAUGCAUUUUGUUUAAGUUCAUAAGAUCGUAUUGAUUUUGAUAUAGAUUGAAUAGCUGAAUGGGAAGAUGAUAUGACUUAUCCUGUAAUUGAAUAUAAUAAAUUUGGAUAUUAAGCAGUGGCAUUUGGAAUAAAUUUGGUAUAUAAAUUGAAUAAUAAAAUAAAGUUCCUUUAUGCUUACAAUUAUAAUGUGAUAACAUAAAAUAUUAGAUUUAGAACAUUUCGAUAUCUCUUUCCAGUUGUAUAAUGUGUUAUAUUUGGCAAAAUAUAUUUCGAAUAUAAAUCAGAACUUACAAAAGUAAAUUUGUUUGAUGAAUAUGUUCAAUUGAGAGCAUAAGAAUUAGUGAAAGAAAAUGAAUAUUUAUUGGAACAUGAAGGUUCUAAUCUAUAGCAAUUAAUAUAGAUAUUAAAAGAUUUGUAUGGUGGUAUGAAGAUUAUAAAGAAACAUUGUGUAGAGUACAUAGACAAGCUAAUGAUCAUGCAGCUACAGAUUUUAAAGAUUCAGAAUUAAUCCUUCAAGAUUUCAUUAGAAGAUAUACCAAUCCAAAUUCAAAUAGACCACUUAAUAUCUAAGAGAAAGGAGUCUUGUUUUGAAAUAACCAUUUAUCCAAA